AUGAAUAAAAAUGUCGGACUUUCAGUAUAUGAUCUUAUCAACUCUGAAGAACAUUUAGAAGAAGAAUCUAGCCAAUCGGUAACAGUUGCUUUACGUUUCCGGCCAGUUAAAAAGGCGGUUAAGAAAAAGGAUGCCCCAAAAGAAGUGAAAGAUGUCAUUAACAGUGAUGAGAAUAAGGAGGGGAAACAGGGUGACCAGCCAAAAUCACAGCUAGUUUAUUUUGCUGAACCUGUUGUACACAAGCCAGUCCAAGAACAGGAACUUGAGGAUGCUUUUGAAUCCCGGGUUAAGGACCAAAAAGAGCCAGAUAAAGUGAAAACUAAGAACGAGGCCAAGAAAACCGAAGAAUUGUCUUCAACUUCGCUACCACGACUGCAUUAUUAUGCAGAGCGAGAAAUAGUACCAGGCAUCGGUGCUAGUAGAGCAGAGUAUACACUGUGGACAGAAGACUACGAUCCAUUACACCCUAAUAGCUAUCAUGAUUAUAAAGAAAGCGAGGAAAAACUAGCAGAAGAUCAGGAUUGGCUAGAUUAUUUGCUUAAUUUAAGGGCUGAGAGGGACAGGGAGCAAGAUGGAAAUGUUCGAUAUGGUCUUGACUACGGCAGUAAAGGGUCUGGCGCAAAUGAAUCAGAAGACGAAGACCAACUGACGUCAAAAGAAACUGAAGCUGAAACUGGUGAUCAAGAAGAGCAAGGAGAAGACGACAAUAUCGACGAGGAGGAAGAAAAAGAAGAUGUAACUCUCAAUCAAAAGUCGGCAACAGUACCACCCGGCGACUCUUUUGCAGCUAGUCUGUUAAAGAAAUAUGGCUGGAAGCCUGGUAAAGGUCUCGGAAAGUCAUCAAACGGCAUUGUACGUCCUCUGGUAGUUAUAGCGAGCAAAAAACGCCCAGGAUCAGGCCGGAUAGUCCAGAGUCGAGGACGCAAACGGCAGAAGAAACAGCGAACUGUACCCUCAUAA